AUGACUGCUCUUAGCGUUGAGCCGCAGGAGGAUAAUCUUUUUGAGUGGAAAUGCUCCAUCAAGGCUGAAUCAGAUUCACCGUACAAGAACGGGACUUUCAAUUUCAAACUUUCCCUGCCGCCCAAUUACCCAUUCAAAGCGCCUACUGUGACCUUUACAACUAAGAUCUACCACCCAGGCAUCAAUGAAGAGGGUUCUAUCUGUGUUCCUAUCCUUAGAGACGAGUGGAAGCCGGCUGUUACUCUGUCCACGGGUGGGUGUGCUUCUGUUGUUCGCGAAGCAGGACCUCAAUAUUUGGCAGUGCUUGCUAUCAUCCAGGAGAAGGUCAACAACCCCAGUCCCGAUGAUCCCUAUGAGCUUGAAAUUGCUGCGCAACUCAAGAACGAUAAGGGCAAGUUUCUGUCCAUCGCCAAGGAGUGGACAAAGAAGUAG